CACAAUACAAUGCGCGUCUAUUAAAGGACUCUUAAGCUUGUUUUAGUCCUCAAAGCAUACCAAUUAAGAUUUAGUGCAUCUCUCCUUGGAUCAAGGAUGGCAGAAGCAAUCACCAGCCAUGCACAAAAAAGGUGUGCCGUGGUUACAGGGGGAAACAAAGGAAUAGGAUUUGAAAUAUGCAAACAGUUGGCAUCUCAAGGUAUCCUAGUUGUGUUAACUGCCAGGGAUGUAAAGAAAGGCAAUGAAGCUUUUGAGAAGCUUAAGGAUUCUGGCCUCUCUGAAAAUGUUGUCUUCCAUCAGCUUGAUGUUGUGGAACCAGCUAGUAUUGCUUCCCUUGUAGAUUUCAUCGAAUCCCACUUUCGAAAACUAGAUAUCUUGGUUAACAAUGCAGGAGCUGCAGGACUAAUGGUUGAAGGAGAUGUUUCCAUUAUUAAAGAGAUAAUUAUGGCGGAUGAUCUAAAAGUUGCAGGUCAAGAAGUACCUGAGAUAAAAGCAGAUGCAAAACUCAUUCAGACAUAUGAUUUGGCUGAAGGGAGUCUGCAAACUAACUACUACGGUGUAAAACAGAUGAUUGAAGCAUUCAUUCCGCUCUUGCAGUUAUCUUCUUCGCCUAGAAUUGUAAAUGUAUCCUCUCUCUUGGGAAGGCUGGAGUUAUUAUCCCACCAAUGGGCUGUAGAGGUGCUAAGCGACGGCGAAAGCCUGACAGAAGAGAGAGUGGAUAAGGUGGUAACUGAAUUUCUCAAGGACUUCAAGGAUGGCACUGCAGAAGCUAAAUGUUGGCCUGCAACUUUCACAGCAUAUAAAGUCUCCAAAGCAGCAAUUAAUGCCUACACAAGGAUUCUGGCCAAGAAAUACCCAACCAUCUGCAUCAAUUGCGUUUGUCCAGGCUACUGCAAAACAGAUAUAACCUGCAAUACAGGAUUUUCUACUGCUGCAGAAGGUGCUGAAGGUCCUGUAAAGCUUGCAUUAUUGCCUGACGGUGGCCCUUCUGGCUUGUUCUUCUCAAGAAAAGAGGUGACAACUUAUUGAUGAAAAAAAUCAAAUGCAAGCUCAUGCAUCUAAUAGGAAUACCAUUUUGGGAAUCGCCCACAAUGUUUUUGGGAAGUUUAUUCCUGUUUUGUUGCGUUGGUGGUACUAAAUUUUGGUGGUGUUUCUUGGAUUUUUUGGCCCGGCCCUUCAUAUUUGGCUUUCUUCAUUUUUUUU